GAAGUUAGUAUAGUUUCAACCAGUGUAUAGUGCGGACAACGGCGACACAAUGUUCCAUAAGCUCAAGGAUUCAUUUCAUCGAUUUAUACGAUACAUCAAAUGGCUGCAUAUGCUCUACGAAUUGAACACAUACUUGUCGAUGUGUGAGCCAUGGGAAAAAGUAUUUUUAAAUUGUCUAUUUGCAACUACACUGGGUGUGAUAUUGUAUUCGACAUAUGUCUAUAUACCUGGUUAUAUAUUUACCAUUGUUAAAUAUAUAACACCUGCAGUGUAUGAUUCCAGUGGUUCGUCGACGUCGCCUCUGGCAUUAUCGGAACCGUUAAUUGCAAAAGAGCUUGAAUUAUGA